GUGCCAGUGGCUAGUCGAAAAAAACACAAAGGCAGGAGCAUACCUUCUGGCAGUCGAGGCAGUGGCAGAUGAGAAGCCUGAGGUUCAACAGCUCAAGACAAAAGGAAUUGCUGUACAGCUAAUAGAUCUGCAAGGACCAAUCGACGACAUGACGAAGGCCCUCGGAGAUCAAGAGGUGGUCAUCGCCAUCCUUCCCAUCGCCGCCACCAUCGAUCAGAUACUACUUGCGCCAGCUACAAAGGCCGCUGGAGUCAAGCGCUUUGUUCCCACUGUGUUUGCUCCCGUUGCACCACCUAAAGGGGUAUUCACCCUCAGAGACACCAAAGAAGAUGUACUUAACCACAUCAGAAGACUUCACCUUCCUUACACUAUCAUCGACGUCGGCUGGUGGAACCAAUUGACUUUACCCCGAUUACCCUCUGGUCGCAUCGACAAACUCGUCAGCGGACUUGGUGAACGCAAUCCUGGAGAUGGCAACGUCCUUUCGGCCUUUACACAUGACCGCGAUGUCGGUCAAUAUGUUACUCGCGCCGUUCUUGACCCUCGAACCCUCAACAAAUUUGUCUUCAUCUACUCGGAGCAACUCACCAUGAAUCAAGUAUACGACAAGCUUGAGAAGGUCAGCGGCGAGACUGUGCCUCGCAACUACAUCCCGGAACAAGAGCUUGCUGCCAAAUUGGCCGAGCUCAAGGACAUCACCAUCCGUGACAAUGACUUCUUGCCCAAAGCGGUGUAUGAGUACCAAUGUUUGUGGGGCGUGAAAGGCGAUAACAACGUCCAGAAUGCCGAAUAUCUGGAGUCUUGGAAGUCCAAUGGGGCAAAAGAUCAUCACUCUAACAUUGCACAUUCUUCACGAAAUUUGGCGACUGCUACGUUCAGUUGUACAGAAGCAAUUCCCCCAGAUCACAUAAUGACGUCUCCAGUACAAAUGUAAACACAGAACGAAAGGAUCGAGAGUGUGAUGAGAUAUUUGUGAGGUAAUGAGAGGAAAUUUAUGAUAUACAACUGCCA